CUGGUCUAGUUCAAGUAACUGGCGAGAAAGGAGCACAAUACAGUUCCUACCACAACCUUUGGCGUUCACGCACAAAUUUCAUCUUGUUUUUUUUACAAAAAGAAACACAAUGAUCAAUCAAGAAUGGCCGGUUGUGGCAGACCGUAGUCAAAAGAAGAGGAUCCAGAACCGUGUAGCACAGAGAACAUAUCGCAAUCGCAUAAAAGAGCGCAUGGAAGAGCUACAAAAAGAAGUCAACGAGUAUCGCCGCCGAGAGCAACAGCAAGCCUCGUCAGAGCAUCAAGACAGAAGUGUCGGCGAAUCAGAAAGAGACACCAUCAACAUUGAUGCAAGUGGCGAAAAGUCUGUCUUCCUAGCGGAGUGUGUUAUGGAUACAAGGGUCGAUCUCAAAUCAUUGCCCAGCGUUGGCUCCAACACACCGCCACUGAAUAACACCUCUCCGGGCAAUAUUAGCAGCAAUAACAGCAUCAAAAGUAGAAAUAGCCCCGGAGAUGUCGAAAAAGAGGACGGUAGGAACAGUGAAGGCUACAUGAUGGAUAUGGACAGACGCGAGGAUGCCGCUUCAUUGAUAGGCAGUGUCACCCCCGAACAAUCCACGAGCAAUGUUGCGAUUCAGCAGACGCAUGCUGCUGUUCCACCUCAGCGUCUCACUCAGCCACAGCAUCAACGAACUCACAUGCCUCCGCAGUUCCCGUUGACAGCAUUUGGUUUGGCAGCGCCAUCUUUACCUCCUACCUACAAUUUGGCGACUGAUUGGGGGUGGACGAAUACGCCAAACUUGUAUAGAGACCCGAUGAAUCACCAAGCAAUCUCAGGAUUUCCGAAUCUCAGACAAAUACGAGGCGAUCAUCAUUCGAACUCGGACGCAUCCUAUAUAAUUCCCGAUGUCACAGCAUUCGUGGCACACCCUCCCGAGUCAAAAUAUUCCCACAUUCAAACCAUGGAUCAAGAAACAGAUAUCCGAACAAUAGCGGGUAGAUCAUCAGAUGAAUCAAGCGACCCAGGAAGUAUAAGUUCUAGGAGUUCAGUUAUUGGCAGCACGCUAUACGAUUGCCCGCAUAAGAAUCUAGCACAAAUGCUACAAAGUUAUGAGAACGGCGAGCAGCGAUUAAAAGAUAGGAGCCUAGAAGAUCGUUUGGAGUUUAUGCGGGUGUGUGCCUCUGUAGCUGGCUUCCACAACAUUGAUGAUAUGGCAAAGAAGUAUUACACUGCGGACUUUAGCCAUGAUUCUGUCAUCUCGCGGGAGCAGCGCAACAGUCGACACAGUCAGCUUCCACAGUUACUCUCGAAACUUCGAAAGAGCGUCAAAACAUGGACCCAGUGGGAAGCCCAUCGUUAUCAGUACGAAAUAAUUAAGUCAGCACAGAGUCUUAUUCGCGCAGAGCGGAGCGACCACCACACAACAGAGAAUACCUAUACCGAAGCACUUACGGAUCUGGAGAAGGCACUGGCCGUAGGGCUGGCUCACAACUCUGGAGAAGACGAGUUGAUACCAAGAGCAUUUCAGAGACUAUCCAAGGUGUUUCAAGAUACAGUAAGCCUCACCGAAGAUGUGGAAUUUGAUUGAGACGCUUGUUGGUAUGGAUGAGACAAUAACUCAAAAGCAACGAACCUAUACAUCACUUUCGAUUAUGCUUCUCUUGUGCUGUUCGGAUCAAAUGCACAAAUGUGACAUCUCGGCGUUGGUAUCGAGCUGUCUACACACUGCACAAUAUCAUUCGAGGUGAUAUAGGGGUUCUAUAUGCGCCAUAAUUGGUUAGCAUUGAUCGUUUGAUAUUCGCCUUUGUGCUUUCUUUUAGCCUAUGGUAUCGGAUGAGGCGAAACAACGUUUCACCCUGGUCCUGAAAAGCUUUCAUCCAGAUAAUCCGAGAAUCCAUCGUCUGACAAUGAUGCUUUUUUUAGCAUCUAAAUAUACUCUAUGUAAAGAAAUAGCAAAAAUUACCUGAAUGAG